UGCAUGGAGACCGGUAACGGCAGGGCCUCGGACAUGGGGCACAGCGACGCAGCAAGGCCUAGCGGAGCGGUGGUCGGGUGGCACGUUGGCCGCCGCCGCGGCCGUGGAGGAGGCGGCGAGGCCUGGCGAGCGCGGGCAACUGGCUCAGCAAUGGCUUCAGUAACUUCGAAUGUUGAUUCUAAAGCGGAGCUCACUUCAUUACUGGAACAGUGGGAGCGAGAGAAUAACAAUGGGCAGAAUAUCAUUCCCGUGUUGACUAAGAUUUCGGAUCUCAUUGAGAAGGAAACUGAGGAAUACCAUAAGGCUGAUCCUGAUCCUUUUGAUGACAGGCACCCAGGUCGAGCGGAUCCAGAAUGUAGGCUGGGACAUCUGUUAAAAAUACUCUUUAAAAAUGAUGACUUUAUGAAUUCGCUGGUGAAUACUUAUGUGAUGACCAGUAGAGACCCUGUAGUCAACACCUCCGCAUGCAGACUCCUGUUGGACAUCAUGCCUGGAUUGGAAACGGCUGUCGUCUUUCAAGAGAAGGAGGGGAUUGUAGAAAAUUUAUUCAAGUGGGCAAAAGAGUCCGAUCAGCCAUUGAGAACCUAUGCUACAGGUCUUCUUGCUGGAGCCAUGGAAAACCAAGACAUCGCAGCUAACUACCGGGAGGAAAAUUCACAGAUGGUCCCAGUGAUGCUGCAGCGUCUACGAGACUUGCAAAUGCAAGAACUGGAAAGCAACCAGAAGAUAAAAUGGCAGAGCCCACGAAGGCCUCACUUUACAGCUUUGCUUCCAAUGGACGAGGAAGCAGUUGACAUGGACUAUGGUGAUACCUUGAAAGCCGAAGAUGUGGGGGACUGUGCCAACAAUCUUUCCUUCCAGUUAAAUUCGUCACACAAAACUAGCAGCAGGAUUAAUUCUUCCAUCAAGACUGCGGAGAAUGUGGAAGGAAUGAAGGGGAAGGAUGAGCGAAGGACUGAGAGAGAGGAUGCAAAUAAAACAGUCAAACAAAGACUAAGUUUUACAAACUUGGACUCUGAACGGAUAUGUAAUGAACAGUCAAAUAGCUGGUCAGAAAUGUCCCCUUGGGUAAUUGGCACUAAUUAUAGCCUUUUCCCUUUGACAUCUGCCAUUGAGCAAAGAUUAAUUUUGCAGUAUUUAACACCACUGGGGGAAUAUCAGGAGUUGUUGGCUGUGUUUAUGCAGCUUGGUGCUCGAGAGCUGCUCAUGUACUAUGUCGACUUGAAGCAAACAAAUGAUGUUCAACUCACAUUUGAGGCACUUAAGUAUCUGGCUUCUUUGUUGUUACACAAGAAGUUUGCCGCAGAAUUUGUGGCUCAUGAAGGAGUUCAAAAGUUGCUGGAGAUCCCCAGGCCCUCCAUGGCUGCCACUGGUGUUUCCCUGUGUUUAUACUAUUUGGCCUACAAUCAGGAUGCGAUGGAGCGGGUGUGCUUGCUCCCGCACUCCGUGUUGUCUGAUGUUGUCAGCUACACCCUUUGGCUACUGGAGUGCUCCCACGAGUCGGGCCGCUGCCAUGCCACCAUGUUCUUCUCCAUCUCGUUCGCUUUCCGCUCCAUCCUGGAGCUUUUUGACAAACAGGAUGGUCUUCGGCGGGUGGUUAAUUUGAUCAGCACGUUAGAAAUCUUAAACUUGGAAGAUCAGGGUGCUUUGCUUAGUGAUGAUGAGAUCUUUGCCAGCCGCCAAACUGCCAAGCACACGUGUAUGGCACUACGGAGAUACUUCGAGUCACACCUGGGAAUUAAACUGGAGCACGUGAAAAGAUCCUUACAACGAACAGAAGGAGGUGCUAUUGUUCACCCACACCCACCAUGCAAGACACUGGGUUCCUUUCGAAAAUGGGCAUGCUGGGAACAGUUAAUGUGUCCUGUAUCCAGAAAUCAGGCCUGCUCCUACACCCAUGAACAGGUCAUGGAGAUGAUGGAGUUUCUGAUUGAAUAUGGUCCAGCAAGACUCUUCUGGGAGCCAGCUGAGGUCUUUCAUAAGCUCUCCUGCGUACAGCUUCUUUUACAACUCAUAUCCAUCGCUUGUGAGUGGAGAACUUACUAUGGCAGGAGUGACACUGUUCGUUCUGCUCUAGAUGUACUUGCUGUCCUCACUGUGGUUUCUAAAACUCAGCUUCUGCUAGCAGAGCCUGUAGGUGUGAUGGAUGAAGGAUCCACUCCUGUGACUGCUGUGGGCAUGAACAUUAUCCUGGGAGUUGCCGAGGGCGACAUCUUUUCGAAUGACGCUGAGACUCAGAAGUCUGCGCUUCAGGUCAUCAUCAACUGUGUCUGCGGGCCUGAUAAACGCAUAUCCAGCAUUGGCAAGUUUAACUCGGGGACCCCUCGGCGCAAGGGCCUCCAGAAUGCCAAGAGCUCGGAGAGCGUGCUGACCAAGAUGUGGAACAUGGUACAGGCCAACAACGGCAUCAAGGUGUUGCUGUCCCUACUGACCGUGAAGACUCCCAUCACGGACGCAGAUCAGAUCCGCAGCCUGGCCUGCAAAGCCCUGGUUGGCUUGUCGCGCAGCAACUCUGUGCGGCAGAUCAUCAGCAAGCUGCCUCUGUUCAGCAGCGGCCAGAUCCAGCAACUGAUGCGGGAACCCGUGCUUCAGGACAAGCGGCACGAGCACGUCAAGUUUUGCAAGUAUGCCUCCGAGCUGAUCGAGCGUAUCUCGGGUAAGCCACUGUCCAUCGGCUCGGAUGUUUCACUGGCCAGGCUUCAGAAGGCAGAUGUGGUGGCGCAGACUCGGAUCACCUUCUCCGAGAAGGAGCUGCUGCUGCUCAUCCGCAACCACCUUGUCUCCCAUGGGUUGCAUGACACCGCUUCAGCACUUACCAAGGAGGCCGACCUUCCCAGGACACCAGCCAUUGCAGCUGUGCCGUCUCAUUCUUCGGCUUUCACACCUGUCGCUGCUGGUAGCUCGUUAGUCACCUUGCCUCGGACUCCAAGGCUGGCCAACGGUAUUGCCUCUCGAGCCAUCAACCUAAAUACGUUUGCUACACCUUGCCAAUCAAAGGCUGCAGUUUCUCAAGGGAACCCCUCAGUUCCGGGACUUCCUGCUUCUUGCCCCAAUAGCUCACCGGUGAUUGGCAAGAUAAGCUUCUGCAAGGAAAAGCCAUCGCCCUGCAACAGCACAAACCUGAAGAAGCAGAGACUAAUUCGUCAGAAAUCAGACUACGGGGCAUACAACCAGACACCAGCUAUCAAAAAGCAGCUGGACCGCCAUUUGCCAUCCCCACCAUCCUUAGACAGCAUCAUAACUGAAUACCUGCGGGAGCAACAUGCCCGCUGCAAAAAUCCUGUGGUUACCUGCCCUCCUUUCUCCCUCUUCACCCCUCACCAGUGCCCAGAGCCAAAACAGAGACGGCAGGCUCCAUUGAACUUCACCUCCCGUGUGACGCACAGAGCUGCCUUUCCAAAGUAUGGUGGAGUGGAUGGGGCUUGCUUUGACCGACAUCUUAUCUUCAGCAGGUUUCGACCCAUUUCUGUGUUCAGGGAAUCUGAUGAUGAUGGCAGUGGUUUUACGUGCUGUGCAUUUUCUGCCCGAGAGCGCUUCCUGAUGCUGGGGACGUGUACUGGAGAACUCAAACUCUAUAACUUAUUCAGCGGCCAAGAGGAAGCCACGUACGCCUGCCAUAACUCUGCCAUUACACACUUAGAACCUUCCAAGGAUGGGUCCUUGUUAUUGACUUCAGCAAGUUGGGGCCAGCCUCUCUCUGCUCUCUGGGGAAUGAAGUCUGUGUUCGAUAUGAAGCACUCUUUCACAGAUGAUCAUUAUGUAGAGUUCAGUAAACUCUCCCAGGACAGAGUCAUUGGGACAAAGGAAGAAGUGGCUCAUAUCUACGAUAUUCAGACUGGGCAGAACAUUCUCACUCUCUACAAUCCAGACUUGGCCAACAACUACAAGCGGAACUGUGCGACCUUCAAUCCCACUGAUGACUUGGUGUUAAACGAUGGAGUGCUGUGGGAUGUGCGUUCAAUGCAGGCGAUUCACAAGUUUGAUAAGUUCAACAUGAACAUUAGUGGAGUGUUCCAUCCGAAUGGGCUUGAAGUCAUCAUCAACACGGAGAUUUGGGACCUACGAACGUUCCAUCUCCUGCAUAUGGUACCUGCAUUAGAUCAAUGUCGUAUUGUCUUCAACAACACUGGGACCGUCAUCUAUGGAGCUAUGCUGCAGGCAGAUGACGAAGAUGAUUUGUUAGAAGUGCGAAUGAAAAGUCCCUUUGGAUCAUCUUUCAGGACCUUUGAUGCUACUGAUUACAAACCAAUAGCGACGCUUGAUGUGAAAAGGAAUAUAUUCGAUCUGUGUACUGACACAAAGGACUGCUAUCUUGCUGUGAUUGAGAAUCAAGGCAGCAGCAUGGAUGCCUUGUCAAUGGACACUAUCUGCAGGCUGUAUGAGGUGGGCCGACAGCGGCUGGCUGAAGAAGAAGAUGAAGAGGAGGAUCAGGAGGAAGAGGAAGAGGAGGAUGAUGAUGACGACGAUUCCGAAGAUGACCUGGAUGACUUGGAUACCGAUCCGCUGCUGGAAGGUGACGAUGAAAAUAACGGGAGUGAGGCAAAUGCGGCUGAGGACGGUGAACAGGACUUCACUCUGUCCGACGAGGAGGAACUGGAGGCCCUGCUGGGUAAUGGUGAGGAGGAUGCAGAGGAGGAAGAGGAUGAAGACGAUGAGUGGGAGGAUGAAGAUACAGACAUUCUUGGAGAUUCAGAUAGCACAGAUAACUCUGACCUGGAAGAUGACGUCAUCCUGUCUCUGAAUGAAUGAAUGUUCAAUGUGAAUUGUUGGACCCAGCAGGAAUCUAGGUCCAGAUGCAAAGCACGCCCCUCACUGGGGAAAACAGAGCAAAGCAAGCGUAAUGAACGUUUUAUUUCAGACUCCACCAGUUCAGUCUUGAAAUUUACACACACAGGGAGGGGAAAACUAAAACAGAACUAAUUAUCAAAGCAGUGGUAACUUUCCCGUCAAGUUGUGUGAAACUGCAGGGACCCUUCAGCUCCCGCAGGCUGUGGAGCCGUGGAAUAAUCUUGCCUCCGAGGUUGUGCACAGUAUGGCCAUCACACCUUCAGGAGAUAGGCACAGUGCAUUUAAAACAGAACCGUUUUUUUAAAUGGAUUUUCUAGGAGACAUCUGUUUAUAUGCGUGUGUGUUUGUGUGCGUGUGUGUGUGUGUGUGUAAAUAUAUAUAUGUAUAUAUAUAUAUAUAUAUAUAGAAGACAAAGGAGCCAUAUAUUGAGAGUGGUCAUAAUGAAGAGAUGGGCUGUAAUUUUCUAUUUGUAAUGUCACUGAGUAAAGCUUUCAAACCAAGCUCAAUGCCCUGCUCACUGCAUCUUGCUAAUGCUCCUGUUUUAACAUUACUGCCUGUGUUUUAACAUUAGGGGCCCUCUCAAUCAGUGUUACAGAAAAUAGUUUGUAUUUUAGUUGCCAUGAUCUCUUGGGUGUAAUAAAUGUUGGUAAAUUGGUCAGGAUCCUGAGACACACAAGAUGAACAGAUGUGCCAAUAAAUGAUCAGUUUUAAUUGAACUUUCAUGUGACUAAUGUGAAUAACAAUUUUGGCCCAGUGUUUCCCUCGUAUCUGCCACAUUUCAUCCAGAUACAAUCUGCAUUGACAACCAAGCUACACUGAGUAUCAGCAAUCUUUGUUCUUUUUAUUUUACCAUGAACCAGUUUUAUUGCCUCCCUUGAUGUAUCUAGCACCAAUCCAAUCACCUUUCCAGCAGACCAGGAGAGUGGGGAUAAAACAAGUCACCACGGUGCUUCACAACUGAAAAGAUUAAAUGGGUUUCAUGGAUUGAAUUGUUUCCUUGCUGGACAGUGAGCUUAUAACUAUCUGGUUGCGAUUCGGAGAGGUUAGUCUUGAUUUCUGAGUGUAUGAGCACAAUUCCCAUGGCAGUUGUAAAUGAAGUGCUAGCUGUACACAUUCCCAAAAUGUUUUUGAAAAAUGUAUUCAAACUACAUGUGAUGCAAAGCAUGCAAGGUGUUCCCAUGCAGACAAGUAAAAAACAUUUACACAUUAUCUUUGCUCCUUGUUCAUUGUUAAACAUAUACAGUAAUGAGGAACACUGUCCGGUGAAAUGACUAAAUAAACAUCACAUAGAGCUAGUGACUUGAGCAUCAGUUGGUUGAAUAACAGGGGUACUCUGCUUCUUUGGCACCAACCUAGCAAUGUUAAAGAUAGUCAUGUGUCCCACUAUCAGUACAUCUAUCACAAGCAAUUCUGACAAAGAUUAUGGUAGUUUGAAUUGUUUCGUUUUAGUUUGCAGCUUGCUUUAAAUGUGGAAGAUUUAAAUCGAAACAAUGAUUCCAGUAUGAACCACCUUUCCCUUCGCUCCCGUAUCAUCUGAUAUUUCCUCUUUUGUCACCACAUUUUCUUCGUGCCAGCAAAUUCCAUUCUGACAGGAUCUGAAUUUCAAUCAUGGGUUGAUACAUGUGGAAGGGAAUAGACUUUCAUCCCUGAGGUGCAAGAUACUAUAUAGCGAUUAACAAACAUCAGGACAUUAUUCCUUGGGAAUGUAAACCACGUUAGUUUAUACCGCACUAUUUUCAACAAUCUGAGUGAUAGAUCAUUUGUUACCUUUUUGAAUUGACUCGUGUUCCUAGAUCAGGAGAGGAUGAUGUAUUCAAUUUCCAUCAAAAUGUUGAUUUUUGCCAUGGCACUGUAAUUCUUUCAGUGAUGUUUACUGUUUUCCCUGGGUGUUCUUUUAUGCAAUCUCGUUUUAUGCAGCUGUGGUCGUCUAGCUGACUUCCAGAUAAUGUGCUCACAAGUUGACAGCCGAGACAGUAACUAAGUCAAUUUGACACCUGAGUCAGCAACUAAGAUGGCAGAUUUUAGAUCACAUCCUUCCACGCAUUCUCCUCACCAUUCUCACCACCACCAUUUUGGCAAAUAAUCCCAGGAUGAAGCCUGGUUAGAAGCCUAGCUUAUUCAAGCAGAGUAAUUGUGAUCUGGUCUCUCGAUUGCUGUAGUAACAGCAUUGUAUGCGAAGGAGUAGAACAUUGCAGCUCUUCAAACUUGUUAGCCUAUGUGCAUUAAAUGGGUAAAAUGCUCAGCAUCUGUCCCUUAUGAAAGAAAUUGUGUAUUAUUUGGGGAGUUGGAUUAUUUGAGUGGGUGAUACCGAGUUUACAAACUUAUCAAGACCCAGCUACUGGUGGGACUGUGGAAAAUCAUAGUUUUGAAGUCACCGUUAUGGUGCAGUAAACUUAGGUGGCCAUUCAAUGGUUAAUAUAAGAAAUGUUAUACCAAUAAAGCUGGAGAGAUUUAUGUCCUCAUUUUACUAAUGAGCCUUGGGCUGUGUACAAAAUGUAAAUGCUCUUAAAUCCCAUUCACUUUCACAAAUCUGAAUGUCUCGAUACUUUAAAGCACCCUUUAACAAUUUCCACAACAAUAUUCAAAUACAACAAACCAGCAAAUAAAAGCGUGGCCAUCGGGGACAAGUGUACCUAGUCUUCAAAAGCCAUGUGGUGGAGCAAGAGAUGAGUGUGCGCAGGGUUUUUGUAUAUUCAACCCAUGCUAUCCCAGCCCGGGUGCUGUUUAUUAAGAAACUGCAGAAGGAGAUUUACUACCUAAUGCAAACUAUCUCUCUGGAUGGGAGGGUCUUUGUCUAUAAUUAACCCUUGCUACUCUGCAGCAGGAAUGUUUAUGGAGCAAUAUUGACGGAGUUCCCUUGGUUUUAUUCUGCAUUGUAAACAAUCUAAACAGUGCUGAUGACAUUCUUGAAUUCCUAAUGGAAAAGGUUAUUUUUCCCCAGUAUAGUCAUCUAUCUCACCAACAUAAAACUCCAGGUGAACCUAUUGCCCCAAAAUAGUCUUGAUCAUAAUAAAUGAGAUAACAAAUGCAAUCUUUGAAUGGGAAGUAAGAUGUUAACCGGCCUUGUAUACCCAUACUACUUUGAACAAUAGCAUAAGUGAGCCAGGUCAAGAAUAGCUUGUUACUGCACCACUAUUGACUGGGCUCUCAAGACUGAGGUAAUGGUACUACUCAAGUAGUCCUACUAAGCAUGCAGAUGGAAUAAAAUGUUACCCCCUUGCUACAGCUUCUGAUUUUUGAUCAAAUUAUCGUAGAACAGAGAGAAACAAGGAUGUGUAGUUGCUGGUUUACAAAAUAAAAGUGCUGGAGUAACUCAAUGGGUCAGGAAGCAUCUCUGGAGAACAUGGAUAGGUGACGUUUUGGGUUGGGAAGACUGAACAGCUCUCUGCCACUAAGUGGUGCUGGAAUACACGAAUACUGUUUACAUGCAGCAGUAGCAGAACAAGUGAUGUCAUUGCUUCAAAAGAAGCAAUCUUGUUAUUUUCUCAUCUUUUACAAAAAUUAGUUAAGAAGUACAGGGUCACUGCUUGGCUCUGAAAUGGACUGUUAAUGGAAGUGCACAUGUCACUACAAAUUUUCCUUGUGGAAAACAAUAUAUAAAGCAAAACAUUGAAAGCUCGUUAAUGAGCAAGAAAAAUGAGCAAGAGCCAGAUCUGGUUUUCUGCGUUUAGCUAGAGAUGCGUUAAUUUCUUUUGUGCAUUUUCUGUAAUUUACAAGCGUGUGAUACAAAGCACAAAAUGAAACUGUAAAAAGAUUAGGCCUUGUACAGAAUUCAGUUGAAAUAUUUUUAUUACUGAAAAUAAAACAAAUAAAGACCAAGGAAUUGUA